CGGUUUCUUCUUUCUAGCUCUUUUCCCUGUUAGUGUCCAAUCAAACAUUAAAUUCCUACUUUGAUUUCUCACCGCUCUUGCUAUAAUAGAAACUCAAGACCCAGCACCACGCAAUUUAAGAGUUUAGACCAAUUCAAAAAUCCCUUCUCUUAUAUAUACAGAACCAUAUUGUCUAUCUGGGCAUCUCAUUCUACCCUAAGUAACUGCAUACGUAAAAAUCAUCAAACUUCCUCAGUUGUGACACAUAGUAUCCCUUUUGAAAAAUUUUACCAAAAACUUAAACAUGGACAAAAUGUUGUGUGUAAUCGUCUUUGGUAUUUUAGCCGUUGCAAAUAUGAUGCAAGAUGCAACAGCUCAAACGGUGCAUGUGGUUGGGGACACCAUGAGUUGGAUCGUACCAAGCAAUGGCGCGGCAGCUUAUACAAAUUGGGCUGCUGGGAAAACCUUCAGCGUUGGUGACAUUCUAGUAUUCAAUUUCAUGACUGGCCGACAUGACGUGCUACAAGUAGAGAAAAAAUCGUUCGAUGGUUGCAAUUCACAGAAUGCCAUUGGGAGUGCUAUAAUGACAGGACCAGCAAAUAUGACUCUAAACUCUACUGGAGAACACUACUAUAUUUGCACUUUUGGUAUGCACUGCCUAAAUGGCCAGAAAUUAGCUAUUACAGUUUCGAACAGCACUGCCACUCCAGGAGCCAAUCCAACAACUCCUGUUGUACGACAACCAGAAGCUUGUGCACCUACACCCUCUGCUGCAGGACCUUCAAAUUUUGUUCCAGGUGGUCGUGCUCCUCCUCCUACGCCUUCGUCCUCAACGACCGUGUUGGCCAGUUUUGUAAUCAGUCUGACCACCAUUGCCUUGGCCUCUUUACUUUAAAUUGGGCAUAUCAAGGAGGUUUUUUAGCAUCAUGUAAUGGAUAAUUCUUAUAUAUAUAUAUAUAUAUAUUUGGUUUACCAGUUUGUAUUGGAUUGAAUUUUGCUUUGUGAGUGUACUGUUUUUACGAUUAUCAUCAGUGCAGAUUAUUAGUUUGGUACUGUAGGCAUGUCCCCUGUUUAAAUAUGUUCCUUGUAGUAUCGAAUAAAUAAUCUAUAAA